AUGCCUAAACGUGGCUCUUCUACAUCAGGUAUUAAUUCAAGUGUGCCACAUAAAAAAUCUAAGAAUUCUCAGUCGACUAAUGGUCAUUAUGAUGAAAAUACUCCACUUAAUCAAAGCAGUUAUUCAACACAAUUAUCCGAGAAAGGUCCUGAUUUACAUAAAAAUGCUGGUAGUAUCUUACGAAUCAGCGUGAAAAAUUUCAUGUGUCACACAUUUCUUGAAUUUGAUUUUAACGAAAAUCUCAAUAUGGUCAUCGGAAACAAUGGCAGUGGCAAAUCUGCAAUUAUGAAUGCCAUUACAUUGACUUUAGGUGGUCGUGCAACAAGCACAAGUCGCUGUUCAAAUAUCGGUCGUUUUAUUCAACAUGGUAAAAGCAUGGCUGAAAUCUCUGUUGUUCUAUGUAAUCAAGGUCUCGAAGCAAUCGACGUUGAACGUUUUGGUCGAUCGAUUACUAUUAUCCGAAAGUUUUCCGUCAAAAGCGGUAGCCGUUAUAUCAUCAAGAAUGAAUAUGGUAAAACUGUAUCUGAAAAGAGAGAUAUGAUCGAAACAAUCGUUGCACAUUUCAAUAUUCAAGUUGAUAACCCCAUGUGUAUGCUUAAUCAAGAUACUGCAAAGAAUUUUCUCAAUACAAAGAGCACUAAAGAAAAAUAUAAUUUCUUUCUAAAAGCAACACAAUUACAAAAGAUGGUUGACGAUCUCGAACAAAAUACGGUUGAAGUUCGCAAUGCUAAACUUUCACUGACUGAGCAUUUGAAAAAAAGAAAAGAACUUCAAGCACAGCAAGAAGAUCUACAAGCUCAACUGAAAUUUGCUCAAUCUGUUCGAGAUGCGAAAUCCAAUGCUGAAAACCUUCAAGGUCAACUUGAAUGGGCCGAAGUGAUCAAACUUGAACAUACAUUGGCAGAUAUUGAAAAGAAAGUCGUUGAAUGUGGAUUUGCUGUUGAAGAAUAUACAAAAAAACGUGAUGCCUUGAUCGAAGAUACGAAAAACGAAAAAACCAAACGCGACGAAUUACUUCGUAAAGCACAAGAAGUGGCAAAUACUGCUAUUGAAGAAAAACGUAUUCAUGAUGAACUCGAACGACGAAUGAAGACAUUCAAUAAAGAUCGAAGAGAUUUGUUGAAUGAAGUUAACAAAUUUGAGAAAGAACUGCAAUUACAAGUGGAAUUGAAGAAAAAACUUCAGAACAAAAUCGCCGAAAUGCGUCGAAAAGCAUCGGGUAACACUGAUUACGACCGAGUUCGUCAACGUAUUGAGGAAUUGCAAGUGUUAAUCGCUGAACAGCGACAAAUCUUAUCAAUGAAAGAAAAUGAACAAGCUAAUUUCCGACAAUUGUAUGAUGACGAACGACAAGCAUUAUUUGAUGAUCAAACAGCCGUCAAACAACAUGAAGAAUCUUUACGAAAACGCCGAGGACAUAUUCAACAAUUGAAAGCAGCGAAACAAGAUCGGGUGACUAUUUAUGGACGAUAUACAUUAGCUAUUUUGAAAGAAAUCGAAAGACAAGCACAUCGGUUUAAACAAUUACCGAUUGGACCCGUUGGCAGACAUAUUCAUCUCAUUGAUCGUAAAUGGGCGGUCGCUAUUGAGCAAGCUAUUGGAAAUAUUAUACCCAGUUACCUUUGCUCAUGUCGUGAAGAUGAACGAGUUUUUCUUGAAAUUCUCUCACGAUGUGUACCUCCGCAAGAUAUGGACUAUCGACCAAGUGUUACUGUGAUGAAAUUUCAAUCGACCGUUUAUCAACAACUUCGAAUACCACCAGGAAAUUUCACGACAAUUUUAUCCAUGCUGAAUAUAGAUAAUCCAACAGUCGCAUGCUUUCUCAUCGAUCAGGGUCGCGUUGAACAACGAAUCUUAAUGGAUAAUUAUGAAACUGCUCGUCGUAUUAUGGAGAAGAGUGCACCGCCCAACUGCAUUGCUGCGUAUCUUCCCAACGGUACUGAAAUGCAAAAUUUAAAUGUAUUUCGUUGUUACACAUGCAAAAGCCAAGGGCCGCGAUAUUUUGUCGAAGAUCUUGGCGAACAAAUCAUUCGUGGAGAAAAAGAAUGUGUGACGAUCGAACGAGAAAUUCUUGAAGCAAAGGAGAAACUAAAGGAAACUCAAAAACGAGUUAGCGAACAUCAACAAACUGUGGUUUCAUUAGAUGAAACUAUAAACGAAAUCAAAUCGAAAUGUGGUCGAUUUGGAAAAGAACUACGGGAACUGCAAUUAAUCGAAGCACCAAAUGAUUCGAAUAUUGAUGAUUGUGAAAAUGAAGUAGCCGAAUACGAAACUCGUAUUGAAACGAUCAAAGAACGUAUCAAAGAUCAGAAGGCGAAGAGUGAAGUGGAGUCACCGGAAUAUCGACAAGUUUUAGACGAUCUUGGUCAAGCUCGGCAACGUGUCAUAGAGAAACGUGAAGAAGCUGAACAAUGUAAAAGUGCACUGCAAGCAUGUGACGCUCUGAAAGAAAAUGGACAACGAGCGGUCAACGAGCUACAGCGAGGACUCGAUGAGAAUCAAAGAAAACUCGAACAACAAGAAGCUUCGAAGAAAUUCAUUGAAACAAAAUUAGAAACUCAAACUCAAAUCGCACAAAAACUAUGUCAAGAACGACCAACGGAUGAAAUCGAUGUAAAAACUGUGAAACGAAGUCUCGAUACUCUUCUGAAAUUCAUCGAGACAAAUAAAAAUCUAACACUUGAUGUCGACCGAAUCGAUAAACGAUUAGAAGCAGCAACUGAGACUUAUCAUUCCUUCAAUCGAACUGUUGAUAAGCAAGAAAAAUUAGUCAAUAAAUUAUCCAAAGCAUCACGUUACCGCGGUCAGCAAUAUAAAAACCUCUUAGAAUCGACAGCAAAAUUAACAAGUAGUUGUUUCGCCUCAUUUCUUGAAUCGAGAAAUUAUACCGGCGAAGCAAUAUUUGAUCAUCUGGAAGGAACACUUUCAUUAGAGAUAACACCACGUGGAGACGAACUUCAUAAAGACACUCGAUCGUUAUCGGGUGGUGAACGCUCUUUUUCAACGGUAUGUUUUAUGCUGGCUCUUUGGGAAGUUGUGGAAAUGCCAUUGCGUUGUCUCGAUGAAUUCGAUGUGUUCAUGGAUCAUGUCACACGUCGAACAGCAAUGAAUCUUGUUCUUGAAGUUGCUCGUGAAAAGAAGAAACAAUACAUAUUUUUAACACCACAAGAUUUAAGUUUUCUCAAAAUAACUGACGACAUGCGCAUUCUACGAAUGCCUCAACCCAAACGGACUUUAAUGCAAAUCAAUAAUGACCACGAUUCCGAUUAG